CUUUCCACAAUGCAGGCCAUGGAGAUUGAGAGCAACACAGCCGACGUGUGCGCCAUUGCCCAGCCCCUUGCCGACGACAAGCUGACCAAGAAGAUCUUCAAGGUCAUCAAGAAGGCUGGCAAGGAGAAGCUCAUCCGGCGUGGGGUCAAGGAGGUGGUCAAGGCUAUCCGUAAGGGCGGCAAGGGCUUUGUGGUCCUCGCUGGCGACAUUUCGCCCAUUGAUGUCAUUUCGCAUAUUCCCAUCAUGUGUGAGGAUGCUGGCAUCACCUACAUCUACGUGGCUUCAAAGGAGGACCUUGGUGCUGCAUCGGGUACCAAGCGCCCGACUUCGGUCAUCCUUGUUACUGUCGAUGACUCGUUCAAGUACAAGGAGCUGUACGAUGAGGCCGUCGCUGCCGCUGCCGCCCUCGCCCCCUCGUUCUGAUCAUCAGCGCUCUCCUCUCUGGCACCGUCGCUGCUCGCCGGGCUCACGCUCGCUUGGCCUCUGCAGUCACUGCGCCUCACUCUUGUCGCUCCCCCCCUCCUCCUCACCACCACACCUAUCGCCGCUGUAAACGGACUCUACACUC